GUGGCCUACGAUAUUGCCGAGGGCGUCGACUAUUUACACAGCAAAGGCAUAAUCUACCGCGAUUUGAAACCCGACAACAUUGGUUUCGAUUCAGAAGGUAUUUUAAAGAUAUUCGAUUUCGGGUUGGCGAAGGAGCUUCGGGAGGAAGAACGUAACGUGGACGGAUUGUACAAUAUGACUGGCUUUACUGGGGCUGUGCGCUACAUGGCUCCGGAGGUUGGCCUACGACAGCCCUAUAAUCUUAAAGCUGAUAUUUACAGCUGGUCCAUGCUAAUGUGGUAUAUGAUGGCCCUUGAACCGCCGAUGGGGUUCUAUUCCCCCUCCAUGUUUAUUGAUAGAGUAUUCCAGAAAGGCUAUCGCCCUGCCGUCAAAGAGAAGUGGCCGGAAGGGCUCAAGCAAUUGAUGAAAGACGCAUGGUCCGACGACACGGAGGAGCGGCCUUCUUUUCAAGAAAUUAUGACCGUGCUGACAAACGAGGUUGCUCGA